GUGAUCUUUUGUGCUGACUCCGAAGGAGCCUGCAGUUUAUUGUGAAGCAGAAAAUAUCUGCGGACACCAUGAAUGGAGCGGAUUAUCUGCAGCAGCACAGCGCUGAGAGUCUGUCCUUCGAAGAGAUGCAGCAGAUUAACCCGCUCGGAGUCCAUCAGCAGCAAAAAGACGAGGGCAGCCAAACCUCCGAAGUUCAGCAGCUGCUGGAGAUGAAAGAGGAUCACCCUGAAUGGAGCCUCGGUCUGGACCAGCAGGACCGAGAGUCUCUGCAGAUAAAGGAGGAACAGGAAGAACUCUGGACCAAUCAGGAGGGAGAGCAGCAUAAUGGAUUGAAGGUGACUGAUGUCACCACUUUCCCAUUCACUAUUGUUACUGUAAAGAGUGAAGAUGAUGAUAAAGAGAAGUCUCAGUCUUUGCAGCUUCAUCAAAGCCAAACUGAAGACAACAGUGAGAUGGAGCCUCUGACCAGCAGCCCAGCUAAACAGGUGUGUCGACAGCGCCAACAAGUCUACAGCCAGUCACCAAACAUGAUGCAAAAAAACGUGUCAAGAUUCAGCAUACCGCCAAUGGAAAGGAGGACUGCACGUAGAUCCAUGAAGGGAAGAGGGAGAUGGCAGAAGUGCCUGCCUGCCAGUUCCAGUUCGGACAUCACUCUAGCAACCUCUCAAUACCAGAAGGACUCAGAUGAAAACAGUGACCCCUCGCUGUCACUCAUUGCCAACGUGUCACACACAAUGCUGGAGCCGGGCUCCUCAGCCAGCCUGCACGGACGUGUUGGCCACAGAGUUGUGACCGGGGAGCCAGAGUUGGAGAUAGAAGAUGAAAAGCCAAUGGUGUCGCAUUGGCCCGGGGCCAAGAAGAGGAUCCGGAUGGAGCCAGAGGCGACUCUCUCGCCCGAACAGGAAGACCACCUCGUAGAGUGGUUUGCAGCUCACCCCUUCUUCUACGACCAGACAGCACGCGACUUCAAGGACAAGCGCAGGCGAGAGCAGCUGCUGGAUCAGAAGGCCGAGGAGCUAGGAGUUACCGGGAACUUCCUCUGGGGGUGGUUCCGCAACAUGCGGACCGUCUAUGGUAAACUAAGGAAGAAGAAGAAUGAGCAGGCGACAAGACCACUGACAGCCAGGCAGCGGUGGACUUCAGAUAUGUUCAAAUUCUUGGACAAGCACAUGACCAUCCGCAGGAGCAGCCUGGGAAAGCUUCAAGGGGCACAGUCCACCAAUACCGGAGUGGAAGAGGAGGAGGAGGAAGAGGAAGAAGAAGAAGGAGACGAAGAGCCUGCGAGGUCAUCAAGUCGUCCUGGGUCUCCGUCUCCUGUUCCCUCCAGUCAAACCCCAAAGUUAAAGGGCAAGAAGGCCAAGCUCGCCAGCCGCUGCGUCAACAAGGCAGUUCUUCAAAUCCCAAACAGCAUGUCCUCACUGCAGACGGCUAUGAGGUCCCUGCAGGUAGCUAUGGAGUCCCUGCAGGCGGCCGUUGGGGGGUUGAGCAACAACCGAGUCAUGUACUGUCAAUACCUGAGCACCGAGGUGGGCAUGCUAACAGAGGAACAGUGGUCAAUGUUUCAGCAGGAGACUAUGGGGAUGCUUAUUCGUUUCCGUACUGCCCGUCAGCAGCGGCAGCAGCCCUCAGUUCCAGUCCUCCUCCCUCCGGGCUCCAUGGAGUCGAUUCCAGGCCCGAGCAGCACUCUGCUCAGCAGUUCCUAUUUCCAGUCCCGGCCAGCACCACCCCAGUAGCCUCUGUCCCAGCAAAUUAAUUUUUUUAUUGACUUUGUGAACUAUUUCACAAUUUAUUUACUGAUCAUAGCUGAGUGUUUAUGUUAAUAAACAAUCAUGUUUCACUGGUACUUACUUCUUGAUUCCUUGUAUCACAGUAGUAAAACUUGUGCCUUACAGCUGCAAGACAUUUUAAUUGGCGCAACUUUUACUUUGAAGGCGGAGGGUCUCAGUUUCUUGUCGGUGUUAUGUGUAAAAUUGAAAAAUAGAAAAAGCAGAUGUUUCUCAUUAUAUUGUACUUUAUAUAUGGACCAUUGUGACCUUUAAAUUCUUAUAUUC